AUGUCCGAAGGCGAGAGCAAGGACAGCUCGGGCAGCGAGUGUCCCGUGUGCUACGAGAAGUUCCGGGACCUGGACGGCGCCAGCCGCACGCUGAGCUGCGGCCACGUGUUCUGCCACGACUGCCUGGUCAAGUACCUGCUCUCCACGCGCGUGGACGGCCAGGUGCAGAGGACCAUCGUCUGCCCCAUCUGCCGCUACGUCACCUUCCUCAGCAAGAAGAGCUCCCGCUGGCCUUCCAUGCUGGACCGGAGCUCCCAGACCUUGGCUGUGCCCGUGGGCCCCCUGGCCGCCUCCCCGACGGCGUGGAGGCCGCCGAGCCAGGGCGCCCAGCCGCCCUCCGACCCGCCGCCCGGCCUGGCCCGGGAGCCGCAGGUCUUCGUCAUCAGCCGCCACGGGAUGCCCCUGGGCGAGCAGGACAGCGUGCUGCCCCGACGCAGCCUGGCCGAGCUGUCGGAGGCCUCGCCGGCCCCCAGGUCCCGCCGGUCCUUCUGCUGCCGCUCGCGGGCCCUGCUGCUCAUCACCCUCAUCGCCGUGGUGGCGGUGGUGGCCGCCAUCCUGCCCUGGGUGCUGCUGGUGAGGAAGCAGGUCUGA